GGGGCCGCGGAAGGAAAGCCGCGAGCGAGCGGAGGCGGCGGCCGCUGCCCACCCCCGACGCGGUCUGGCUGGCUGCCGUCGGUGCGGCGGACUGACUCGGCGUAGCACCCUAGCGUUCCCGAGCGCCGGCCGCCGCGAGCUCGCGCCUUCGCCCACGGGCCCGGCCAGGGUCGGGAUGUAGGGCGCGGGGCGCGGAGGCCGCGAGCGCGGCGGGGGCUUCGCGGAGGCCGCGCCGAGGAUGGAGAGAGCGAUGGAGCAGCUCAACCGACUGACGCGCUCGCUGCGGCGCGCGCGCACCGUGGAGCUGCCGGAGGAUAAUGAAACUGCUGUUUACACAUUAAUGCCAAUGGUUAUGGCUGAUCAGCACAGGUCCGUUUCUGAACUCCUGUCAAAUUCAAAAUUUGAUGUCAAUUAUGCGUUUGGACGUGUGAAGAGAAGCUUGCUCCAUAUUGCAGCAAACUGUGGAUCCGUGGAAUGCCUGGUUCUUCUGUUAAAGAAAGGAGCAAAUCCUAACUAUCAAGAUAUUUCAGGCUGUACACCCCUCCAUCUGGCUGCUAGAAAUGGACAGAAGAAAUGCAUGAGUAAAUUACUGGAGUACAGUGCGGAUGUCAACAUUUGUAAUAAUGAAGGCCUUACAGCAAUACAAUGGCUGGCUGUGAAUGGGCGGACAGAACUCCUCCAUGACCUUGUGCAACAUGUCAGUGACGUGGACGUUGAGGAUGCAAUGGGGCAGACAGCACUACAUGUAGCCUGCCAGAAUGGGCACAAAACGACAGUGCAAUGCUUGCUAGACAGUGGUGCUGAUAUUAACAGGCCGAAUGUAUCAGGAGCCACUCCAUUGUACUUUGCUUGCAGUCAUGGUCAGAGAGAUACUGCACAGAUUCUUCUAUUACGAGGAGCCAAAUAUUUACCAGAUAAAAAUGGAGUAACCCCUCUAGAUUUAUGUGUACAGGGUGGAUAUGGAGAGACUUGUGAAGUAUUAAUUCAGUAUCACCCGAGGCUUUUCCAGACUAUUGUUCAAAUGACACAGAAUGAAGACCUUCGGGAAAACAUGUUACGGCAAGUUCUGGAGCAUUUGUCUCAGCAGAGUGAAAGCCAGUACCUAAAGAUUCUGACAAGCCUUGCUGAAGUAGCUACAACAAAUGGUCAUAAGCUGCUUAGUUUAUCUAGCAAUUAUGAUGCUCAGAUGAAGAGCCUUCUAAGGAUUGUGAGGAUAUUUUGUCAUGUCUUUCGAAUUGGCCCCUCAUCUCCCAGUAAUGGAAUCGAUAUGGGCUACAAUGGGAAUAAAACUCCAAGAAGCCAAGUGUUCAAGCCUUUGGAAUUGCUUUGGCACUCAUUAGAUGAAUGGUUAGUUUUAAUAGCCACAGAAUUAAUGAAAAACAAAAAGGACUCAACGGAUAUCACUUCUAUUUUACUGAAACAAAAAGGCCAGGAUCAAGGUGCUGCUUCCAUUUCACCAUUUGAACCUUCAGGCCCUGGGAGCUGUGAACACCUGUCCGUGGGCACAGGGGAGUCCAAGCCAGAUGUGCUUGCGGGGAGUCAGGAAGCCAGUGCAGACUGUCAGGAUGUUGUUGCUAUGACAGCCAACCGGCUAAGCGCUGUCAUUCAAGCUUUUUACAUGUGCUGCUCCUGUCAGAUGCCUCCUGGAAUGACUUCUCCUCGUUUCAUUGAAUUUGUCUGCAAACAUGAUGAAGUGCUAAAAUGCUUUGUGAAUAGAAAUCCCAAAAUUAUAUUUGACCAUUUUCACUUUCUUCUUGAGUGUCCUGAGUUGAUGUCAAGGUUCAUGCAUAUCAUAAAAGCACAGCCAUUUAAAGAUCGCUGUGAAUGGUUCUAUGAACAUUUGCACUCAGGACAGCCAGACUCAGACAUGGUACACAGGCCAGUGAAUGAAAAUGAUAUUCUCCUGGUUCACAGAGGUAUGCUACACAAAGAAACUGAUAAAUGGAUAAGCCAUAACGUAGUCGUUAUUAUAAGUUUUAAUAUGUUAAAAUUAACCAAUGCUACAUAUUUAGAUUCUAUUUUUAGGAGUAGCUGUGAAAUUGUAUCAAAAGCAAAUUGUGCAAAACUAAAGCAGGGGAUUGCUGUACGAUUUCAUGGAGAGGAAGGCAUGGGUCAAGGUGUUGUGCGUGAGUGGUUUGAUAUUCUGUCUAAUGAGAUAGUCAAUCCUGAUUAUGCCCUGUUUACCCAGUCAGCAGAUGGAACGACUUUUCAGCCCAAUAGCAACUCCUAUGUGAAUCCUGAUCACUUGAACUAUUUCCGGUUUGCUGGACAGAUCUUGGGAUUAGCUUUAAAUCACAGGCAGUUGGUCAAUAUUUACUUCACACGGUCUUUCUACAAGCACAUUCUUGGUAUUCCUGUAAAUUACCAAGAUGUAUCAUCUAUUGAUCCAGAAUAUGCCAAAAAUUUGCAGUGGAUUUUAGAUAAUGAUAUUAGUGACCUGGGUCUAGAGCUGACGUUUUCUGUUGAGACCGACGUGUUUGGAGCAAUGGAAGAGGUGCCUUUGAAGCCUGGGGGUGGAAGUAUUCUUGUGACGCAAAAUAACAAAGCAGAGUAUGUCCAGCUUGUUACUGAACUUCGAAUGACAAGAGCCAUUCAGCCUCAGAUCAAUGCUUUUUUACAAGGUUUUCAUAUGUUCAUCCCACCGUCCCUCAUACAACUGUUUGAUGAGUAUGAAUUGGAGCUACUGCUUUCUGGCAUGCCAGAAAUUGAUGUGAAUGAUUGGAUUAAAAAUACAGAAUACACAAGUGGCUAUGAAAGAGAAGAUCCAGUCAUUCAGUGGUUCUGGGAAGUUGUGGAAGACAUCACUCAAGAAGAGCGAGUUCUUCUCUUGCAGUUUGUUACUGGCAGUUCCAGGGUCCCGCAUGGUGGUUUUGCCAAUAUUAUGGGUGGAAGUGGUUUGCAGAACUUCACAAUUGCUGCUGUGCCAUAUACUCCAAAUCUGUUACCAACUUCCAGCACAUGCAUCAAUAUGCUCAAGUUACCUGAAUACCCAAGUAAAGAAAUACUCAAGGACAGACUGCUGGUGGCACUACAUUGUGGCAGCUAUGGUUAUACAAUGGUGUGAUGCCUCCUGGAGAACUCACCUGACUGCUGAUGCGCGAGCCAGAGUGCCAGGAGUCAUUUGGGGAACUGUCGACUGAAAAGCAGCCUCAAUGCAGCCACAGGCGGAGCUCCUGUUUAAAAUUCAUAAAGGAUUGGGUUUUCUACUUUCGCUUUCUUUUCCCUGCUUUGUUUUCUCUGUUUGGGUUACAAUUAGAAAAUAUAAAAUCAUAGUAGACUUUACUUUUAAACAUGACCAUUGUAAGUAGAAACCUUUCUUUUAAAGUUUGAUUUAAUCUUAUCCAAAACUGUGUUAAGGCAAAAAUCUUUCUCUACAUUCCACUUUUGCUGUGAACCUGUCUCCUUUAAAGGGUAUUUUCUGUAUAUUAUAUGAGGACAUCCAGCGGGUAUGUUCUAGUGCAUGUAAAGAACCAUUUAUAUUUUGGAAAACUAUUGUAUAGAACGAAUUAAUAUAGAUUGUGUAAAGCCACAAAUAUGUAUUUUCCCACACUAUACCUAUAUUGCAAUGGGUUUUAUUUUUUGUUGUUGAUUAGCUUUUUAGUAUUUUGAUAAAUGAUGUUGAAUUUAGACUGGCUUGACUAACAAUCAAUAAAGUGACAUCUAAUUUAUAUAUUAAAGCUU